CACCGCCUCUGAAUUUCGGCUGCACACAGAGGCAGGCAGGCAGGCAGGCAAGCGAGGGAGAACGGAGGAAAUUUCCUGCUUGGUUGCGAACGGGGUUCCUGCAGCCGCGUCGGGUAGGGUGAAUGCCUGGGCGUCCCCUGCUUGCUGCCUCGGUUCGCAACCGGCGGGGUGAGGAGGGUAUGAGGAGCCGGCGUGCCUCGAGGAGCCGAGCUGGGCGAGCCCCUGGAAGCCUAUAGCAUUGUCUUCCAUUAGAUCCAAGAUGGAAUAUUUUUGUUCAAUAUUACUAAUUUCCAUUAGUUUUCUACAUUCUGAAGCAUUACAUGACAAUGGAACUGCAUCACAUAAUGAAACAACAACAGAUCCUCCAAGAGAAAAUGGUCAGCCAUCGCAUUUACUGACUUCAGUGCUGAUCCUGAUUUUAGUGUUCAUAAUUUUAAUUAUUUUAGCUGGCUAUUUCUUUAGGUUCCGAAGACACAGAAAAGCGGUUGUAAAUUCCACUGAUAAAAAAAUGCCAAAUGGAAUCUUAGAAGAGCAAGAACAGCAGAGAGUGAUGCUUCUCAGACAGUCUCCUUCUGGACCAAAGAAGUAUUUUCCUAUUCCAGUAGAGUUCUUGGAAGAAGAAAUCCGGAUAAGAGCAGCUGAUGAUGGGAAGUUGUUUCGGGAAGAGUUUAAUUCAUUACCACCUGGAUAUUUGCAAGGAACACUUGAGAUGGCAAACAAAGAGGAAAAUAGAGAAAAAAACAGAUACCCCAACAUAUUACCUUAUGAUCAUUCCAGAGUAACUUUAAUGCAAAUAGAUGGAUUUCAGUGUUCAGACUAUAUUAAUGCUUCAUAUAUAGAUGGCUUCAAGGAAAAGAAUAAAUUUAUAGCGGCUCAAGGUCCUAAACAGGACACAGUAAAUGAUUUCUGGAGGAUGAUAUGGGAACAGAAGUCUGCAACUAUUGUCAUGUUAACAAAUGUGAAAGAGAGAAAAGAGGACAAAUGUUUCCAGUAUUGGCCUGAUCAAGGAUGCUGGACUUAUGGAAACAUCCGAGUUUGUGUGGAGGACUGUAUAGUUCUUGUAGAUUACACCAUUCGAAAGUUUUGUAUUCAUCCGCAGGUUUCUGAUGGCUGUAAAGCACCGAGACUUGUCACUCAGCUUCAUUUCACCAGCUGGCCUGAUUUUGGAGUGCCUUUUACCCCCAUUGGAAUGCUUAAAUUCCUAAAGAAAGUCAAAUCAUUGAAUCCUGCACAUGCUGGACCAAUUGUGGUUCACUGUAGUGCUGGUGUGGGUCGUACAGGCACAUUCAUAGUAAUAGAUGCCAUGAUUGACAUGAUGCAUGCUGAACAAAAAGUUGAUGUUUUCGAGUUUGUGGCAAGAAUUCGUAGCCAACGUCCACAGAUGGUUCAGACAGAUAUGCAGUAUUCCUUCAUAUAUCAAGCCUUACUUGAAUACUACCUCUAUGGUGACACAGAACUGGAUGUAUCCUCCUUAGAAAAACACCUGCAGCCAUCAAAUAGCACCACACCAAAUCUUGUUAAGAUAGGAUUGGAAGAAGAGUUUAAAAAAUUAACAAAUGUUCGAAUAAUGAAAGAAAACAUGAGAACUGGUAAUCUGCCAGCAAAUAUGAAGAAAGCCAGAGUUAUCCAAAUAAUCCCUUAUGACUUUAACAGAGUGAUUCUUUCAAUGAAACGAGGUCAGGAGUACACAGAUUAUAUCAAUGCUUCCUUUAUAGAUGGUUAUCGCCAAAAGGAUUACUUCAUUGCAACUCAAGGACCUCUUCCUCAUACUGUGGAAGACUUCUGGCGAAUGGUAUGGGAGUGGAAAUGCCACACCAUCGUUAUGCUUACAGAAGUUCUGGAAAGGGAGCAAGAAAAAUGUUUUCAGUAUUGGCCAUCAGAAGGUUCUGUUUCUUAUGGCGAUAUUACCAUUGAUAUUAAGAAUGACUUGCUUGUUGAUACUAUAAGCAUAAGGGACUUUUUGAUUACACACAACCAGGAGAAGCAAGGCAGAGUUAUUCGACAGUUUCAUUUUCAUGGAUGGCCUGAGAUAGGCAUUCCGACUGAAGGGAAAGGUAUGAUUGACCUCAUCGCAGCUGUUCAGAAACAGCAACAGCAGACAGGAAACCAUCCCAUUACAGUACACUGCAGCGCUGGAGCUGGAAGAACAGGCACAUUCAUAGCACUCAGCAAUAUUUUGGAACGAGUCAAAGCUGAGGGGCUCUUAGAUGUAUUUCAAGCUGUGAAGAGUUUACGGCUGCAAAGACCUCAUAUGGUGCAAACACUGGAACAGUAUGAAUUCUGCUACAAAGUGGUACAAGAUUUCAUUGAUAUAUUUUCUGAUUAUGCCAAUUUCAAGUGAAAACACCUGCCAUUUUUUUUAUUUAAUCAUCUGUACAAAGAUUUGUAAAUCAUGUUAAUUUAUUUCCAUUUUUUUUUAAAAAAAAAAUCUAAAUGUACAUAUGAUUAUGUAUGUUUUGCUUUGAAUGUCUCUUUAGGUGUAUGUAUGAUUCAAAUAAGCUUCAACCCUGAUCCAAAGGAGUAUGCACAGACUCUUUUCAUACAAUAAAAUAAACUUCUAGUCAGCUGUUUGGUGGCAAAAGGAAAAAGCUGAUUUAUGGGAUUUGUAUAGUUUUGAAAGGACUUAAUAUAUUCACCCCAGCUGGUUGAUAAAGGAGGAAAGUGGUAUACACAGAAUAUAAUUGCAUGUUGGACUACUCAUUCAGCUGAAGAAAUAUGUGCAAAAAACUGUGUCUGCAUGUGUAACAACCCUAUCUAGGUCAUUGCUUUGUGUUUUUGUUGCGUUUAAUUUUAAAUAACUGAGGCCCAUGUACAAUAUAGUGCAGUAUAUACUGUUGUGAAUACAGGCACAAUUCAGCCUAUGUUAGGCAUAUUUAAGACUCACUGAUUUCAGUGGGUUUAAUAAGCAUAUGCUUAAAUAUUUCCCAUUGAAAUUAAUGGGAUUUUGAGUCCAGCUAAAUGUUCAAAAGCACUGAUUCUGAAAUUAAACAGAUCAGUGGCUUGGAUGACAGCCCACUGAUCACUCUGAGCCCAUGUAAGAGCAAAAUAUAUUAAUAGAACUCCAAAUCUCCUUAAUUUUGGCUGAAUCUUUCCCAUAUUUUGCCUAAAUACAUGAAAAAUUGUGAUUCAUUAUCUCUAAUCUUAAAUUUGAAAUUAUAUAUUUUUAAUUUAUUGUAUAUAGUCCCUAUUAUUUAUAUAAAAAUAAUAAGGAAAAGAGUACAUUUUUAGAGCUAAAAAAAUCAUCUUGCUAUUAUUGAGCAAUAUUUUAUUUAAAGCAAGCAUCAUUUAAUGACUACACCACAAAGAUAUUAUACCAUCCAGACUGAAAGGAAUGUGGGCUUUCUACAAUAGACAGAAAAGUUCUUGAGUCUUCAUUUCAAUAAGAUUUACAUCUGUUUCUUAUUUUCUUAUGUUGAUGCUAUUGUGAUCAUUAACAUAUUUGAUCCUGAUACAACAUCACUAAUAUUAAUGUGGAAAAUUCACUGAAGUAGAUAAUAUACAAAGUGUGCUAGAAUAUGAAAAUAUUCGAAAUAUUUAUUUUUAUUUUAUCAAUACCAAUUAGAAUCAUUUGCCUUUUUGGUACUGUUUUGAUCUUUAUAGUUAAGCACAACUAGAAUAGAGAGGAACACAAAUCUUCCAUAAGCAACAACAUAAGAUAUCAUUUUAACUUUUUAAAAAAUGUAUAUUUUUAAAAAUAGGACUCUAGGAAAUUCUGUUUUAAUGCAAGUUCUCAAUUAAUACCAUAGUGUAAAUAUGGAUUUCUUAAAUUUACUUAAGUAGUAUUAAAAUAUAAUUUUAUCAUUUUAUUGCAUUAAGAGAAAAUAUAUUUAAUUUAUAAACUAGCUGAUCAAUAUUUGAUACUAUUUUGUAUCAAGAAAUUUUGUUUUGUUGUCAUAAAUAGCUAUAAAGCCAGAUACUACAGUUAUAUAAAGAAAAAAUGUAUCUCUUUAGUAAGCAAUCUAAAUUAAUUCAUCACUUGCAUCACCUUUAGUAGAAGGUAAUAAAACUUAAUAAAUAGCUAUCAUUUUUAAACCUAGUUGAAUGUCAAAUAUUCAAUAUUCAAUUCACAGUAAAGCCCUUAAUUAUUUGAGUUAUUUUGAUACACAAGGCACAUAAAAAAUAAUGAUUCCCUGCACUGUAUUCCCAAAUAUCCAGUUGCUCCUUCUCUCCAGAGUGCACAUUUAGUUCCAAAAUGAGCAAAGGUCUUUUUUCUAUUGUAAUGUGGCCUACAUGAAUCUAGAACUUAGAAGCCAGAUACCAGAAUACCUAUAGGUGUUCUGGUUGAGCUAUUCAUGUGCAAACACUCAUGUACUAAAAAGCACAAAACCCAAUCAUCUUGAUAGUACUUGUAUAGAAGUUGCACCAUAUAGUUCUAUCUUAUGGGCUGCUGCAAGAUUUCAAAGUUCUUACAACAGAAGAAACAUUUUCUUGAUACCAGCACAGACAAACAAUAAAAACAAAAUAGCAUAAACCUGGAUUCACGUAUGAUUAACUCCAUUGUUUUCAGGAAAUAGCAGAAGCUGCUACAAGAAGAAAGAGGAUAAAUUAUUUUUAUACUCUUUAUCUUAUAGUUUUUCACCCCCUCCAUUCCCCAUACAUUUUUAAAAUUAUUCUGGAACAAUGUAGGGAAUAGUAUAAGAAUAAAUAUGGAAAUAUUCUUAGAAAAGUCCACCCAUUCCUUCCUCUGUGGAGCAACUGAUAAAAAACUUUGCUCUGCAGAAAUAUGGAUCAUACCUAAAGUCUGAACAAAACUAGGAUGACAGUGAAGUAACAAAAUAGACAGAACAUUUUAUUUCCCCAUAUUUUAAAAGGUAUAUAUCUAAAAGCACAAACAUAAUUUAUAUAAAUUUAUAUACAAAUGUCUAUAGAAUAUGCAAUAUAUCUGGCUUGCCUGGUUGUUUUAUGAAUUAUAAAUGCCUUAUUAAAAUUAUGUAGACUGCAAAAUGGUCUUUCUACUUUAGAUGUUGUUCUUUUUAAUUCUACAUACAUUUAAAUUGUUUCUGAAAGGAGAAGAAAAAUUAAUACUUAUUAACCCAGAAGAUAACACAAUUUCCAUAUCAGGCCAAUUACUUUUAAUUGCUAAACUAUUUUAUGUUAGCAACUUAGAUAUUGUUUUUAAGGACAACUGUUUACAUCUUCUGGGGAAAAAAUCCUAUGUACAUACAAUUGUAUGCACAUAGGGAAUCAUUUUAUGAAGUGACUGAUAUUAACAAUUCUAACCUCAAAAAAAUGUUAUGUUAAGAAAUAUUGAGUAAACUUUCUAUAUUAGAAAAUUCUGAUAGAAUUUUUAAAAACUUUAGAAAAAUAAAUUUUCCAAUUUGAUAUAGACAAAAAUCCAUUGAGUCCAAAAGUUGAACAAUUUCCAUAAACUGCUUUGGAAAAUGCUGCUAGCAACCUUAGAAAUAUCAAACAUUUUCUACAUGAGUUAAGUAGAAAUUAACCCUGGCAAUUUUUUGUCCCAGCUGUUUUUCUAUAAAAGGGUCAUUUUAUAUAGAUUGUGGAUGGGAUGCGGACCUGAGAUUAACAUCAGAAAUUAUUUUAAGCAUCUUGAAAUUUUGAACAAAAUACAUGUCUUUCAUCUGUCUUGAUUCCUCAGUUCCUUCCUAAGGAUCUAUCCAAAUACAGUAGCAACUUUGCACUUUAUAUAAAACAAUCACUAGUUUAAUCCAUAUCCCUAGAUAAAUCCAGGGUACUACAACUGGCUGAUGUUUAUUCAUCCAUGCCCAUAACAGUGAGGGGUGUCUGGUGGUCUCUGAGCUUGGUUGUUUUUGGGCAGACGCUUCAUUACCCAAACUAGGUAACAACAUCAGUGCUAGUAAGGGAGCCUUACUCUUACUAGUGCAGAUGAUACCUAAUUUAAGUAAUGAAACAGCUGCAAGAAAACAACCAUGCUCAGAGAGCACCAAAGACCCCUCAUUCCAACCUGAGCUACAAUAUUCUUCUUUAUCGGUACCAUACCAGUGAGUUCUUGCUGCUUACUAUAUAAACUGGCACCACCCAGAUGUAUAGUACUUUAUCUCCUACUCAAAGAUUAAUGAUUGUAUCAUUGUUGGAAAAAUUAUGGGACUCCAACACAUUUGGAGGAAACUACAUUUGGAAAGUUCUGUAAAGUAACUGCACCUAUGUGAAUCACUUAAGGGAUAGCAUUACACAUUGUAUUUAAAUUACCCAUCAAAAACCAAGAAAAAUCCUGCUUGUUGUAGACAUAUGCUUCAAUGUUAAAAACAAAACAAAACAGAACUGUUAUUCUAUAAAAUAAUAGAGAAACAAAACCUGUCAAAAAUGCACAUAAGGUCCAUGAAUGAAAAGGACUGAUUUCAACUGAGCAGACUGUAGUUUAGGAUUCAACUGUGGAGUCCUUGAUGCUGUCUGAAUUUAGUUGUGUGCUUGAUGAUGUUUCAUUCUUUGACCACGUAGAUAACAUCUUCAGUGCUAGAAGGGAGUGGAGUUUCCCUGUUAUACUGUUUACAGUAGCUUACCCAAUCAGUGUUGGUAGGAUUUUUCUUUUCUUUUCUUGUAGUUCUUUGAUUAGGCUGUUUGCUGACUGAAUUGGUAGUUCCUUGAUUAGGGUAUUUUUUUUUAUUGCUUGAUUGUUUAUCUGGUUUUAAUCCUGGUGUUUUCCUUGCUGAUUGCUACUGAACUGUUCUGGUCUUUUUGUUUCUUUUUUAUUGUCUCUUUUGAAUGGCAGGAAAACUACUGUAUAUAAGUAGAGAGCAAACCUCACUUAUUCUAGAACUGAAGAUGUUAUCUAAUCAGGUAACAAAACAUCUGCAAGCAAACAGUUAAGCUAUGAGAAAUUCAGAAACCUGAAUACUUGGAAUUGGUGCAAUAUAACUAGUAAUUCAAAAUAUAAAUCAAAAUAAUCUUCUCCUAACAUAACAUUUCUUCUACAAUAGCUGAUUUUAAAUAAUUAUGUUGGAUUCUAGGAGAAAAAAACCCAAAUAUACUAUACAGUAUAUUUGGUUCUGUGUAAUUCCAUUUGAUGCCAAUAUUUGUUCUGUGUAUAAAAAAUUUAAUUCUGAAUCUAACAAUACAGGUAGUCCUAGACUUACAACCACAAUUGAGCCCAACAUUUCUGUUGUUAAGUGAGACAUUUGUUAAAUGAGUUUUGGCUCAUUUACGACCAUUCUUGCCAAAGUUGUUAAGUGAAUCACUGCAGUUGUUAAGUUAGUAGUAAGGUUAUUAAAUGAAUCUGUCUUCCCCAUUGACUAUGCUUGUCAGAAGGUUGCAAAAGAUGAUCACAUGAUUGCAAGAGACUGUAAUCAUCAUAAAUAUGAACCAGUUGCCAAGUGUCUAAAUUUUGAUCACAUGACCACGGGGAUGCUGCAACGGUUGUAAAUAUGAAAAAUGGUCAUAAGUCACUUUUUUCAGUGCCAUUGUAACUUUGAACUGUGACUAAACAAAUUGUUGUAAGUCCAGGACUACCAGUAAUAGAAAGGUUACAGGGUUGAAGAUUGAAGCAUUAGAGAAUUUAAUUUGGGGUUCAGAAAUUUUUAAUCAGAUCAGGCUACUUAUUAUACUUUAUAUAGCAUACAAUAUUUUUCAUGCUUUGUUUUACACUGAAUGAAACAUCAUUAAUAAAUGCCAAAUAAAGAUUAGAAAUUAUAUAUUCUGAUCUGCAUAACAGUCACUAUGUGAUUGACUUUGUCUUAUGCAGUAAUAGACACUGAUUACCAAAGUUUUAAGUUCCGGUUUAACUUGGAACACGUGAACAACUAGAAAUAUUAAAGCCAUUUAAUUCAAACUAUGUUUCUAGAAAAAUCCUGCAUUCAUCAACAAUAUAUCAGAAGUUCAUUAAGGAGAAAAUUAUUAACUAAGCAAUUAGCUAACCAAAAUAAAAGAUUAUAAAUUGCUUUUUAUAUUCCCUUUCAAUGCAAAACACAGGAGUUAGACAUAUUCUACAUAUGCCUGGGAUGAGGGAUGGGCAGUCUUGACUAACAGCUGCUAUUUAGAAAACUGCUGAAUAGCUCUCAUAACACACAUCUGUAUGUAAACAUGUUGGCAUGAUGCCAAAGGGACCCAGUUUUGAGCUACUACUUGGUUGCUUACAGAUGUGCUUCAGAUAAAUAUUGCCAUGGGAUUUGUACCAGUCAACUACUAAAUUAAUUGAAGAUUAAAUUAGUCCGGAUACUGUUGUGAGACUUGGAUAGCCUAAAUCUGUAUUUGCCCUGCCUGUCCUCUUCCAUUUUCCUAUAUAAAGGCGACUGUGCUUGGUAAGAGGUAGUUAUGAGCUAACUACCUAAAGAGCUGCAGUGGCACAAUGUUAGAAUGCAGUACUGCAGGCUAUUUCUGCUGGCUGCCUGCAAUUUAGCAGUUAAAAUCUCACCAGGCUCAAGGUUGACUCAGCCUUCCAUCCUUCUGAGGUCAGUAAAAUGAGGACCCAGAUUGUUGGGGGCAAUAUGUUGACUCUGAAAACUGCUUAGAGAGGGCUGUAAAGCACUGUGAAGCUGUAUAUAAGUCUAAAUGCUAUUGCUAUUGUUAACUAGUCUCUUAGAGACAGCCCAACUCAGAGUUCACUUUAGCCAGUCAAUUAAUCUUUGAUGCAGAAAAGUUAAACAAGCACAUGUUUUCUCUUUAAGAAAGAAACUCUAUUGGGUAUUAUUCCAAGUCACACUAGAAAUGGUUUAUGAAGAAGAAAGAGGAUCAGUCUGGUGCAUUGGCUAAGGCACCUAGCUAGAGACUGUGAAUUCUAGGCCCAUCUUAGGCAAAAAGCCAACUGCAUGACUUUGGGCCAGUCACUUUCAUACCUAGGAAGAACACAGUAGCAAACCACUUCCAAAAGAUGUUGCCAAGAAAACUACAGGGAAUCAAGAAUGAAUGGAAGGCACCCUCCCCCACUCCAAAAAAGAAGGAAAAGGUUCUGUUGAAUACUUUUGUCUUAAGGAUAGCUUUGGCGCUUUGGCCUCUAUUCCUAGCAGUCUCUGAGAGAUUUUAAGUUCUUGCACUGAUGGACAUUUAAUCUCUCUUCAUAACUUUAUCCUGAAUUUGCAAAGGUUGCAGAUUAAUUUUUGAGUAUCUCCAUUAUGCACUAGGUCUUAUUUGGAGUAACGCCGGGAAAGGAUUGGUAGAGCUAUAUGCAGGUAUUUUUCGAAGUAUAGGUAAAGUAAACAAUUUGGUGAGGACCAUGGAAGUGUAAGCAAGUGCUACAGUAUGCCUGCUUACCAUAUUGUAAGUGUAUUUAUCAUCCUAUCCAAAACUACAUCUACAGCUUGUGAGUUGGAUUAUGACCAACAUUGCAGAAAGUACUCAAAGCACAUAAAAUAGGCUUGCUUAUCGCAGCAUUUCAAAUCACUGCAUAACGCAAAUGCAUUUGGAAGCAGCCAAGUGCUUGAGGAAGUUGAAAAUCAUACAUGCAUAUCAAUUAUAUCAUCAUAGCUCUUCUGAACUGCAGUGAAAUACCUGGAUGGGGCUUUUCUAUUUUUUGUGCUUGAUGAGAAUGUUUCACAAUAAUUACGUGUAUCUAUGGUUCUUUUAUAUUUAUCUACAAGCCUACUGCCAUCUGUGACACACAGCCCAGAAAAUUCAGAGGACAGCCUUGGUUCAGUGGUAUACAUGCUUUAUAUAGGCUCAUAUCUACAGUAACCAUUAGAAACUAACGUGAAAAAAGAUUCUUGUUAAUGGUUUCAAAUACACUUAAUACUUGAAUUAUAAAGGCUCUAAAGAAGAAUGCCUAUCAUAUCGAUCAUUUUGAAAAGGAUGUUUAUGAAUCUGUUUUAAAAAGAGUUUGAAUCUUUGUUCCAGGAGUUUGAAAUGUUUACUUUAGGCAUUGUAAUUUGUAAUGUAUUGCUACUGAACCUUUUUUAUGUACAUGCUAAACCCUAUUUAAUUUAUGUCAAGGACGUUUUAUGUAUGUAAUAUAGUGAUAUUUUCUUUUAUUACAUUUAUAAUUUGAUCUCGCUGUACAGUAUUUAUAAUUCCAGUGAAUGUUGCUGAAUUAUUUGUAUAUGCAGACCGCAAAUCUAAUAAUUCCAAUGCAAGAACAAAGGCUUCAUUUUA